ACUAUAAAAUCCCAAACACUAAAAACCAACAAUUUAACAUCUAAAAGAUUAAAGAAGAAGAAACUUCUGAAAAAUGAGCAGACGUUCAACUAAUUUUCCUCCAGGAAUUUGGCAGGCCAGAAGGGAAUAUGAUCGCCAGAGAUAUAACAGAAAUGAUUCAAACCGUAUCAACUCCACACCGUCACACACUAAUUCAUUUCAGAAUUCUUAUAGAGAGGUAGAUCCAGUUCCAUGGCGACCUGCGGGGGAGACAAUGAUUGCAAGAAUAUUGGACAUCGGCAGACCUCGAGAAGAACCACCUGCAAUAGUCAGAAUCAUCACAAGCUCCAGACCAAGACAGCUUGAGGCCAGUCCGAUACCUGCGGAGCUGUACUCGCCAACUCCAAGAUCCGAAGGGAACUCAACGCUAACAUCUGAAGAACAAAAUAUGGCACUGACUAAGCUCAAGAAAAAUGUCUAUGAUCCUCCGAGUAACACAAGUAGGAGAAUAAGCUUCUAUUACAGAGAGAAUAACAGAGGAAAUUACAAUGAGAGGAACAACAGCAACAGUGAUGAAGAGGGCAAGAGAUGCGCCGUUUGCCUUGAAGAUUUCCAGCCAAAAGAGGAGGUGAUGACGACGCCCUGCAACCAUAUGUUUCACGAAGAAUGCAUAGUUCCAUGGGUGAAGAGCAAUGGCCAAUGUCCGGUCUGCAGAUUUACCUUGUUCGAGCGAACAGAGCGAAGAGGAGCUUCUUCCAAUUCCAACAACACUGUAUCAACUGCACCGCCUAGUAGCCUAAUCGACGACGAUCUUAUGUACUUGAUACGAGCCAUGGAAGACGCUUUGAUGCUGCGAAAUCUGGCCGGAUUCUGGGGAGCAUGAAUCGCCAUCUCGAUUUUCCCCCUGAAAUCAACAUGCAGAAUGCCCUAAAUUUGAAGGAACGACGAAAUCUGAUCUAUAAAAGAUUAAUGUUGUUCUUUGAACAUGAAAUAAUUCGACGUGAGUACUCGUUAUGCUGCCAAUAAAAGCAUCCUCUCGCCGAUGACAUAUUCGAUCGAUUGAGUUUCUUCAUUAUCUUAACCUAUAAUUCUUCACCCCUCAUUGCUGACAUCAAAUGUAAGGUUCAUGAAAUUCUUCCCGCCAAACUUAUUAUAUACUUGUACAAAUUAACCAGAAGUCCAAAAACUUCUAUGUAAUUGGCUUCGAUAUUUAAAACAUGUUUUAAUUUUAAUGACCUUUUGACGAGGUAAAA